AUGCAGUCCUCAGGCGUUUCAAGAGCCCAGUUCCCCUAUCCCGAACAGUUGGAUCAACAAACAUCCCCCGAGCGACCCUCGGGGUCUGGCAGUGUCAACACAUCCAUGGCUUCCCAGCAGUCCGGCCGCAGUUCCUCCGCCUCGUCUCGAUCCCAGUCCAGCAAGAACCAGCCCGAUAAGCAAAUAUCCCAAAUCGAAAAGAGCGUGACGCACCUCUUGGUCGCGACAAAACAACUCCUCGAAACCCUAACCCAAUGGUCUCGGAAGCAAGCGUCGGAGAACGACGUGUCGGAUGUAUACGUUCGAUUGGGAUAUGAAUUCAACUUGGCUUGUCGGGCCUUCAGUGCCAUCGGAGUCGACACCUCAGACCUCGGUCCCGUACCAGACCUACUCCGCACCAUACUUGAAGACACUCUUAGUCAAGACGCAUCUUCCCAGAGCCUCGAUAGAUACCUCCCCCGAAUUCGAGAUAUAAUCAUCAACUUGUUAAAAGGGCUGAAGAAGAAGCAAGCUCGCUUAAGGUCCCGGCACCAGCGCGAAGAUGGCCGGCCCGCACCAGCACGGCAAGCCAGUGCAGGAAGCAUCGCUAACGGGCAGGCAAUUGGUCAGUUGUAUGAUGAUGCUGCAGCAUCCACCAUGCCGUCGACAGCCCAGUCCCCCAGAAGAUCGAACCGACGGUAUGGCAGCGGUGGAUCGCUGGAGGAUCAACCGGCCAUGGCUCGAACCUCCUCAGCACCUUCGACAACCGAACCGCGCACGACAAACUACGCCGAAAGAGAACUAUCGCGGCGAGAGGCCCAGCAAAUGCUGUCUCAACCCACCCCCUUCGAUAAUGAUACAACACCCCGAGCCACCGCAUCUAACACCACUGCGCCUUCAACAUAUAUUACACCUACCGGUUUCUCUGCGCCCCCGCCUCCACCUCCGCCAAAGGAGGAUGACGCGUUGGGGGCUUUGCAAAGAAGUGGAGAGCUUGAGCGACGUGCCUCGCGUCGAUUCUCUGCUUAUCAAAUUCAGAAGCAUUUGGGCACAUCUACCAAUGGCGUACCUGUCCUGCCUACUCAGAACUCUCCCAUCCCCAAUCGCGGUCGUGAUGUCCGCGAAUCCUUGAACGCAGUUCGUCUACGGGGCUCAUUUACUCAUACAAGGCAACGAUCGAACAACCGCUUACAGGAAGCCGCCAAGGGGGCGCAAGCUCCCCCACCCGCAAAUAUUCCGGAUGUAGUGGAAGAAGAACGCACUACUCCAUCUGCUGCACCUCCAUUAGAGCCACAAGGGAUCGAUACCGCAGCACCCGAGGCGCCCAGCGAAGCGGUUGCUCAUAUCGAGAAAGACGAUACCGUGGAAUCUGCCAUCGUUCCUCCUCCGAUCAUUCCCGUGCCCCAAGAGAAGCCAACACUCGAAGACGCUUUUGAGCCCGCAAAGCCAGCACCCCAAACCCCGAAGGCAGACUUGUUUGGACCGUCCACCGGGAUCGCAACACCUCUAUCAGCUAUUCAAUUUGCUACUGAGCAACCCUCACCAGGCAAAGAGCUGACGCUGUUCCUACAAUAUAAAAGCAAAAUUAAGAAGUAUGUGCUCCCAGAUGGCAUUGCGGAGCUCACCAUCGGGCGCCUGCAGCUUGCUUUUAUUGAAAAGUUUGCCUGGAAUACCCACGACAAUGGCGUUGAUUUGCCAGAAAUCUAUAUCCAAGACCCGAUUUCAGGCAUUCGACAUGAACUAGAAGAUCUUACCGACGUCAAAGAUCGGUCUGUGUUGGUGCUUAACGUUGAUAACCUUGAUGAGGUCAAGAAACAUUUCGAUGACAGCCUUGGAAGCGUGCGCCUCCUGGUGGAAGGCGUCAAAGAGACGCUUUCUGGCCAAGGGAAUAUCAUCCAGCGGGUUUCGGAUCGCCAGCUUGAAGCUGCCAAAGAAAUUGCUCGCUUGGCUGCUGCUCCUCCAGCCACGUCUGGUCCGGCUGCCGUUGGAGGGAAUUCCAAGGCAUCGAUUGCCGGCAGCGGAACUCAAAUUGCUGAGCUUCAGAGCUUGCGUCGUGACUUGGCUGUCCUGCGACAGACCUACUCCAACUUUACUGCUGAUAUCACCGGUUCUAUGAGUGCAGUCCGUGCCAAGGCAAGCAAGGUCAAGACCGCCGCCGAUGACGUUACCACUCCCUCUUAUGAAGGUGAUGCUGGCCGUGCUCGCGUCAACACUGGCAAGAAGGAACUUGCAGGUGAAUCGGAGCGGCUGGUCGCUCGCGUUGACGAUCUCCAAGAUUUGGUCGAGGAUCUUCGGAAGGAUGUUGUGACUCGCGGUGUUCGUCCUCUUCCAAGACAGUUGGAGGGUGUCAGCCGCGACAUUAGCAUGGUCAUGAAAGAAAUUAAGAAAAUGCAGGACUUCCUGGGUCGCGAGAAGCCCAUCUGGACCAAGAUCUGGGAGAAGGAGCUGCAGCUGGUUUGCGAAGAACGAGACCAGCUUACCAUGCAGGAGGAUCUCGCUGCUGACUUGCAAGACGAUCUCGAGAAGGCAACUCAAACCUUCGCCCUGGUGGAGCAAGCUACGAAGGAGCAGGUCUUGACGAAUGCAACCGGUGGCACCGCUGUCCGAGCCGCAUCCAGGACUCUUGGAAUUGAUCCAACCGUUGAUCCCAUGAAAGCCAAGGACGGUGUCCUGGGCGAAGUUCGUGCUUUGCAACCAAACCACGAAGGCCGACUCGAGGCCAUUGAGCGAGCCGAGAAAGCACGAAAGAAGGAGCUUGAGACUCGGCGAAUCGGUCUUUUCCAGAAGGAACUCGGAGCAUUUGUCGACGAAGGCAAGUUGAAGAAGAGCGGUGGUUUUGAAGAAACUGAGCGUCUCCGUACUGCGAAGGACGACCGCAUCCGCAAAGAAGUUUGGGAUAGACAGCAGGCUCGCAAUGCGGAGAUGGAGAAGGCAGAGGCGGAAGCCGCUGCUGCGCAAGCAGCGGAGCAAAACAACGAGGGUGGGGGUGGUGAUGACCAGCAAGAAGGUGAAACAGAGGCGAAACCGGAGGAUGGAGAUGAGGCAGAGAAGGCAGAAGAGCCCAAGUCGCCAUCUUCUGACACGGAAAAGCCACUCCCCAAAGCGCCGGAGGAGGAAGACACCGCCACCUCCGAACAGCCCUCUACAUGA